UUAUACAUUUCAGUACAAUGGAUUCUCAAAAAUCGUUCCUAAUUAUUGGCCUAUUGGCCAUGGUUCUUCUUAUUUCCUCAGAGGUGUCAGCUAGGGACUUAACUGACACUUCCACUAAUGCCAACAAAAAGGAGGUUGUUGAAAAGUCAAAUAAAGUAAAUGAUGCCAAACAAUUUGGUUACGACGGCUAUGGUGGUUACGGAGGCUAUGGCGGAGGCUAUGGUGGUAACGGAGGCUAUGACGGAAUCAAUAGUGGUUUUGGAUACUAUGGCCGAGGCUAUGGAGGCUAUGAUGGCCACCAUAGAGGCUACGGUGGUUACCAUGGAGGAUACGAUGGAUACCAUGGCGGAGGUGAGGGUUACAAUGGUGGAUACCAUGGCGGAGGCGAGGGUUACAAUGGUGGCUACGGUGGAUACCAUGGUGGCGGCACUGGUCGCUACAAUGUUGGUUACCAUGGCGGUGGUUACCGUGGUGGAGGAGGCUACGGUGAUGGUGUUGGUUACCUUGGUGGAGAGGUUUCAAACAAUGGUAACUGAUUAUAUCACCGUGCAUGCAUAUUUUAAGUGUAAUAAAUUUCUAAGACUAAAUAAUUUUGGGGGAUGAACAAAAGCGGUAGUUUGAGGUUAUGUAUUUAUUUAGAGAUGUGCUAUACUUACAUCAGAUUUCUACGCCUAACUAAUUUACACCGUAGAAAUACAAAGAAUUCAGCUUUGCACAGAUUUGAAUAUUGGAGAAAAAAUUAUUAAAAAACUGAAAAGUAUUGAUUUAUGGUAUAAUUCAGGGUGUAAGUGUAAGUUUGGGUGUCAAACUAGCAUUUCUCAUUUAUUUAUCUUCCCACUAGAUAUUUCACAUCUCUAUUAAUCGUUUGUAAAAUCAUUAUCACUGUGUAUAUAUGUGGUAAUGACUUUGAUUUCGAAAUAAAGUUACGAAUGAGUCACCGUAUAAUA